ACCCCCACAAGCCCAGCAGAGGGGAAGCUUACACUGACUCCUUCCCCUUUUCCUCCAGCGCUUUAUCCUAGGAGGGCCUGUAGGUCCCUGGUUUCUUCCCUUUCGCCCCUCGUGAUAUGUUCCAGGAGAAGCCUACAAGCAGUCCGACUUCUCAUCCCCUGUUAUCAGCCAGGAGAUAAUAGCCACUGGCAUCUGUCUUCCCAGAGGCCUCUCACCUUCUCUGAACAUCAUUACACAGAUCCAUAGAGUUCAGAGCCAAAGACCCUUUCUCCAAGAAGCCCGCCCAGAGAAACGCCCCCAUUCUUGCUUCCCACCGCCUGUGAGACAGGGCCACCGCUCCGCCACGUGAGCAGAGGCUUCCUCAUCCUCUGUACGGAAUGGACACUCCUCCAACAUGGCGUACCCCACGGGGUAGCGCAACUUGGGCGCGGCCACAUUCCCCGCCUGACAACGCUGCCGAGGGGCAUUGAAUGCCCCAAAACAUUGACUCCGUAACAUCGCCAUGUUGACUGUUGGUUGACUGUGGCUUCGAUCGUGGUUCUGCGCCUGUGCGGAGCUACGCCCCUUCGUGUGACCCUCCCACCCAAACCCCGAGAAGGGGCGGUGCUAGGGGUGGUGACCGGAAGCGGCUGCAGUUUUCUGCCGAGGUUUACUAGUUGUUGUGAAGAGGAUCCCGUUGCUCUGUGCCGGAGCGGUGUGAAGGUAAAGGGGACCCAGGGAGGGUUUCUUGGAGUCUCUGCUUAGCCCUUGGGACAGACCCUGUGGUGAAGGCUGCAGGAUCUUCCAUAUCCAGCAUCAGCAGCUGUGGUUAAGUCCACAGGUGCCCACCUGACCUCGGGUUCCUGGGAAGAGCAGGGUUGUCAGCAAGAGAACCUGCGGGUAAAGCCCAGCAGAAAGAUGCCAGGCAAUCGGAGUGCUGCUGGGCCGUCUCUGACCCUGACUACAGGGGGAUGUGACAAUUCCUGUGAGGUGUCAGUGUCCUUUGAGGACGUGACUGUGGACUUCAGCAGGGAGGAGUGGCAGCAUCUGGACUCUGCUCAGAGGCGCCUGUACCAAGAUGUGAUGUUGGAAAACUACAGCCACCUCCUUUCACUGGGGUAUGAAGUUCCCAAACCAGAGGUCAUAUUCAAGUUGGAACAAGGAGAGGAGCCUUGGGCACUGAAGGAAAAAACCCUACAUCACAGCUGCUCAGAUGGAAAGUUUGGGAUUAAAACCUUACAAAAAAGAAUUUCUGGAAAAGUUUCAUUUCAUGGUGAAAUGGAAGGUGAAGAUGCAAAAGAUGAUUCAUUGUAUUCCAUUUUAGAAGUACUGUGGCAAGAUGCUGAACAAAUAAAAAGCUACCAGGAAAAGCAGAACAAAUCUUUGAGUCAUGCUGCUUUCAUCAAUAAGAAAAUAUUGAAUACAGAGUGGGAUUAUGAAUAUAAAAACAGUGGAAAAUUUAUUCAUCCAGGCCCAAAUUGUAUUCCUUCACAGAAAAGACCCCAUAAACGUAACUCUUUUGGAAAGAAUUUAAAGCAUAAUUUAGAUGUACAUAUUCAUAGUGAAAGCAAUGCAACAAAUAACUUUGAUAAAAUUAUUGGACACAGUCAAGUUUUCACCCAGAGCUCUUCUUAUACUAACCAUGAAAAUACACAUACUGGAGUGAAAUUCUGUGACAGCAAUCAGUGUGGAAAAGUCUUCAGCUUCAAACAAGCACUCAGUCACAAUCUGAAAUUUCCUGUUGGGGAGAAAGCAAAUAUGUGUACUGAACUUGGGAAGAUCUUCACCCAGAGGUCUCAACUCUUUGCACCUCAGAGAAUUCAUACUGUGGAUAAACCUCAUGAACUUAGGAAAUGUGUCAAUGUUUUUACACAGAAGCCACUACUCAGUAUUUAUUUGAGAGUUCAUAGAGAUGAAAAGCUAUAUAUAUGUUCUGAGUGUGGAAAGGCAUUCAUCCAGAAUUCAGAAUUAAUUCUGCAUGAGAAAAUUCAUACUAGAGAAAAACCCUAUAAAUGUCAUGAAUGUGGAAAAUCAUUUUUCCAAGUGUCGUCUCUCCUAAGGCAUCAGACAACCCAUACUGGAGAAAAACUUUAUGAAUGCAGUGAAUGUGGGAAAGGCUUCUCCCUGAACUCAGCCCUCAAUGUACAUCAGAAAAUUCAUACUGGAGAGAGACACCAUAAGUGCAGUGAGUGUGGGAAGGCCUUUACCCAAAAAUCAACACUCAGAAUGCAUCAGAGAAUUCAUUCAGGAGAGAGAUCCUACAUAUGUACUGAGUGUGGGCAGGCCUUCAUCCAAAAGGCACACUUGAUUGCACAUCAAAGAAUUCAUACUGGAGAGAAGCCUUAUGAAUGCAGUGACUGUGCAAAAUCUUUCCCUUCUAAGUCACAACUCCAGAUGCAUAAGCGAAUUCACACAGGAGAGAAACCCUACAUAUGCACUGACUGUGGUAAGGCCUUUACCAACAGAUCAAAUCUGAAUACUCACCAGAAAUCUCACACUGGAGAGAAGUCUUAUAUAUGUGCCGAAUGCGGGAAGGCCUUCACGGAUAGGUCAAAUUUCAAUAAACACCAGACUAUUCAUACUGGAGAGAAGCCCUAUGUUUGUGCUGAUUGUGGCAGGGCCUUCAUCCAGAAGUCAGAGUUACUUACACAUCAGAGAAUCCAUACUACAGAUAAGCCUUAUAAAUGUUCUAACUGUGAGAAAUCCUUCUCAAAGAAACCACACCUCAAAGUACAUCAGCGAAUUCACACAGGGGAGAAACCAUAUAUAUGUGCAGAAUGUGGGAAAGCUUUCACAGACAGGUCAAAUUUCAAUAAACACCAAACAAUUCAUACUGGAGAUAAACCCUAUAAAUGUAGUGACUGUGGAAAAGGGUUCACUCAGAAAUCCGUUCUGAGUAUGCAUCGCAAUAUUCAUACAUGAAAGUAACCCUGUUUCUUGAAAAUGAGAAAGCCUUACCACAGAAAUCAGGUCUAAGUGUGUGUAAUAAAAUUCAACCAAGACAGAUCAGAUAUUGAAUGCAUUGCAUAAUAAAAAGAAUGUGUCAGGCUCUUUCACCUGAGAUGAGAAAAAUUAUUCAGAAGAGACCCUCUAAGAAUGCAUUGAAUGAUGAGGAAUUUCCAUAUUUGCAAAUCCUCACAAAAUAUAAUUGAAUUCAUACUGGGGAAAAUGUUAUCAGUUUGAGAUAUUAGGAAAAGCCUUCCUGUAGAAAGUAUUAUAAGGCAAAUUAUUACCAAAUUCUUUAUAGAUAAAGUAUGAAAAAUGAUAUAAAUGACAGUAAUGUUUAUUGUGUUGUAUUAAGCAAUUUAAAGUGACAACAAAAUGAAAGGUAGGACAAAACAAUAAUAUAUUUGAUGUAUAGACCUGCUCUCAGAUCUGUUUGUAGCAAAACACAUUGCACAAUGGGAGGAAUAAUUGAGUUGAAAUUCUUUUUUUUAUAUAAUGUAUUUGUGUCUAUCAAAUAUGUUUGCUACUGAAUAUUUUGCUCAUGUGAAUCCACAGUUUUAAAGUCAUUAUGGUUUUAUAUAUACACUCAUCUGCUGAUAUAAUUUGACACAAACAAAUAUAAUCCUGUCAUACAUGUUGAUUUCCAUGACAUCAUAUUUUUAUCUUCCUUCAUUGUGGUACAAUGCAGAAAUAACCACAGGUCUAUCCCAUCCUUUUAUGCACCCCUCUUUGUAAUAUUACUGUUGUUUCUCUUAUUAAGAGGCAGAGCUAUCUCUCUACUCCUUGACUCUGAGUUUGGCCAUGUGAAUUGCUUGGGCCAAUAUACAUUAACAAAGAGAUUCAAGAAGAUGCUGGAGAGGUGUGAAAAGCCUGCCUUGAGACUUACCCUUUCUUGCUGCUCUUUUGAAUUCUGAGACCUUCAUGUGAAGAAGCUCAAGUUACUAAGGGAUGUGAAACCACAUGGAACAGAGAUGAACCAACCCAUAUGAAGCCCCUUAAACCAAAUGCCAGAUGUGGGAGUAAGGCCUUCUUUAACCUCCAGCCCCAGCCAUGCCAGCCCACACCAGAAGAGCCACAUCAGUCAUCCCAGCCAACCUGGAGACUUAUGAGAUAGAAAAAAUGAUUGUUUUAAGCUACUAAGUUUGGUGUAGUCUGUUAUACAGCAAAUGCUGAGUAAUGCAUAAAAGCGUACACCUACUGGGGGUGUUGUAUCAAAAUAUAAAACAUGUGGCAUCAGCUUUGGGCCUGGGCAUCAGGUGGAGACUGGAAAAGCAAUGAGGAAAACUGUUAAGAAAGUCUGCAGAAGAUGGCAGUCCAUGUUGUUUAGUGAGGGAAAAAAAUAGCAAAACAGCUACCAUGCUCUGUGGAAAGAGAGAGAAUAUACCAAAUGAACUUGUGGAUCUGGCUAAAGAGAUUUCCAACAGAAUGUUGAAGUAUCUGUUUGCUUCUUUUAGCUGCAUAUGAUAAAAUGCAGAAAAAAAAUAUGAACUAAGUAAAUAACUGUUCCAUUUGCAAUCAGAGUUCAGAAGAAACACCUAAAAAAACAGGAGUUGGCUGAGUUGGAAAAUAACUGCUUCACAUCUCCAAUCUCUCCAGCCAUCAAAAUAUUCUCAAGGUGAAAAAGUGACCUCCAGAGUAGAGAUCAAAUCAUAGAUGUGGCUCUAAGACCCUUUGUUAAAAUGUGUAAAAUAUUUAAGUUGGUGUUUGGGAGACCCUGUCAGCUAAGCUAAACAGCUCCUAAAAACUUCUCAACAGUGUCCCAAUAGCCUGACUCACUGUUCAAAGUAGAGAGGGGCCCAUCUUAAAAAGAAUUGUUGAUGUUGCAUUUGGGACAUAGAGUAAAUACACACCAGAUUCAUAGAAAACUUGCAACAUUUUUAACAGAGUUUUACUAACAAAACUACCUCCAUGUUGGACUUAAAGGACUGAAAAAGUCCAAAGUGAAAAAUGGACUCCCCUGUCUUAACUUCUGUGAACAGGAAGCAAGCUGUGAAAGUUACUCAGCUGCAAACAUGGGCCAUUUCUUAUGGGAAAAGAAGGCCGUCUCAGAGAGAAGAUCCAAGAACAAUGUACUAAAAUGGAUUGGGAAGCCAUUCCCAGGCAGAACUAUGACCUAAACAAGAAACAUUUUUUGCCCCUGGAGCAGAGAGACCUGACAGUAUUUGCUCUGUGGGAUUUCAGAAUUGUUAUUGAACAGUGAUUGAUAUAUGCCUCUUUUUCCUUCCCUUUUUGAAUGGAAGUAUCUGUUACAGUUAUCCUAUCCCUAUCUCACUAUUGUAUUUAUAUUUAUGUGUAUGCACAUGUGUGAGUAUGUGUGUGUUGGGUUAGGGGAGUGGUCAUAUAACUUGUCAUUUAGUUCACAGGUCUCUGGAUUAAAAAAACUGAGAAUCUACACCCAAGGAGCCUCAGCCAUAUUUGAAUCUGAUAUAGAAAUCUUAAGGUCUUGGAUUUGAGCCUUAUGUUUUAAUUUGGGAUGAAUGUUUGGAGGUCUUGGAAUGGGGGUGAAUAGAUUUUGCCUGGUGUGAUAAUGUAAAUAAUUUAUUAUCGGGAGAGAGACUGUGAUAGGAAAUACUAAAAUUUUCCAUCCCUGUA